AUGUCAUCAGUAGCGAAUUUAUUCAUAGAUAAAACCCAAGCACCUAAAAAAGAAGAUCAAGGUAUAAUAAAUAUUGGGAAAAACUGUUCAUAUUGUAGUCAGUUAGAUUUUUUACCAUUUCAUUGUGAAUUCUGUGAUAAAACAUUUUGUUCACAACAUAGAACUUUAGAAAAACAUCAAUGUCCUAAUAAAGAUAAAUUUUAUAAUCAAUCAAUUAAUACUUCAAAUCUGUCAUCAACAACUUCUUCCUCGACCAUUUCCUCGAAAUCAUUGUUUCCAGAUAGAGAAGCAGAUAGAAAAUUGAUAAAUGAAAGGUUGAAAAGUCCUGAACCUACUACUAUAAAGGAAACACAAUUUAGAGUUGGUGAUGUGGCUGGUACAAAUGCAUUUAAAAAGUUUCAAGAAUUUUUAAAUCUUAAAAAAUCAAAACAAAAAAAUUCAUCAUCUGUAUCUAAAAUUUUUGGAAAAUCAUCUAGUGCAUCUAAAUUUGCAGAUAUAGCGAAAUUGAAAAAAGAUGCAAAAGGAGAUAAUAAAAUUAAACAAGUUGAUCGAGUUUAUGUAUGGUGCAUAUAUGUUAAAGAUCCUAAAAGUAUAGAGCAAGCAAAACAACCAGUGUUUAUAUCUAAGAAUUGGGUAAUUGGGAAAUCAUUGGAUAAUAUAGCAGAAACUUUAAAAUUGUCAAACUAUAAUAAUUCAACAACUAAUGCCAGUGAGAAGUUAAAUAUAUUUACGUUUAAUCAACAAACUAAUGAAUCAAAACAAAUUGAAAAUUCUAAAAAGUCAAAUAUUUUACAAAAUGGUGAUAUCAUAUAUUUAGUAAGAGGUACCAUAUAA